GAUCAGAUCCGCCGGUAACGCGAGGAGGGGGAUGCGCGGUCGGUCGGACGGCUAGAACGGCUAAAAUAAGCCGCAGACAAUUAAAUCCGCGAACAAUAUUUACAGUGCGUAAAAAGGCGAUCGAGAACUCCUCCUCUCUCGCUCCAAUCAGUCUAUAGGAAGUUACAGGGCACAGUGCCUCUCUUAUUGUUCUUGAGCUGGCCUGGGAAUAAAAGAGCUGCGCUGUUUUGACGCAGUUAAAUGGGUGAUUACGGGUUCGGUUUGUUGCAGACAGCGAACAUCAGCAGCAGCUCCACACGGUUCGGCGGAGGCGCAUUCACACCCUAUCCCAGCGCGUCUCCGGUGCGCCCCAGCAGCUCGCCUCUGGUGUCCCCUCUUUUCCCGUCACAUCAGCGCAACAUGCAGGAUGAGCCUGCGGGGCUGACAGCUUCUCAAUCCAACAGCGAGCAGAGCAGCGCCGCCGACAGCGACCUGAGCCGCUUCUCCGCUGUAGGUCACGCACAGACAGCCGGUGACCUUCAGCGCGACCGGAACAUACAUCAGCAGACUGAGCCGCCGCAGCAGCAGCCGUACUCCUCCUCCUCCUCCUCCUCCUCCUCUUCCUCCUCCUCCACGGGCCUGGACACCGAUGCGCCAUCGUCCAAGGUGAAGCCCCAGAUGGAGUCCCCCAACACGCACCAUAUCAACAACGGCACCGGCGGCAAUAACAUGCUCGCGGCGGCCGCGUUCCCGGAGAUGCAGAGCCCCGGCGGUGGCGGCGGUUCGGUUUCCCCCUCCCUGCCCGCUUUCGGGACGCCGUGGUCUGUUCAGACGAGCUCCCCGCCUCCGCCCGUCUCCAAUGCCGCUAACGCAAUAAACCCGAUCCCCACCACCGAGCCUGACAACUUCUACCCCGGCAUCCCCUCCUCUAUCAACCCCGGCUUCUUCCAGAGCUUCUCGGCGAACCCGUGCCCGGUGCAGGGCUUCAGCAGCCCAUUCUCCCCGCAGAUCAACGCGCCGCCGCAGAGCCGCCGGUCCCCGGUCAGCCCGCAGAUCCCCCCGCAGCAGGGCGCCUUUCUGCACCAGCGGAACAACUACAACCACCACCAGCCCAUGAUGAAGCAGUCGCCGUGGGGCAGCCAUCAGGGCAGCGGCUGGACCUCUGGAGGGGUGUCCUGGGGGAGGGACCACCGGCGCGGGGGGCGGCAUGGGUGGCCCGGCUCGAUCAACCAGAUCUGCUCCCAUGAAGAAACCCUUCUCCAGUACGUCAUCGCUCCGCCCAAACUACAUCCGGUAUUGCACAUAUUGAACACGUUCCUCAACUCUCUCUUUCCUCAGGAUCGGUCCAGGAUGUACGACAGCUUGAACAUGCACUCGUUGGAGAGCUCCCUGAUUGACAUCAUGAGGGCGGCGCAGCAGGACCCCCUGAAGGCCAGGAGCUAUGGGAGACGACGAGGACGUUCCUCCCUCUUUCCCAUUGAUGACAGCCUUCUAGAUGACGGCCAUGGCAACCAGGGGGUCCCGGGGGUCCUGGGAUCUCCUCACUGUUACCCCCAUCAGAACGGGGAGCGCAUUGAGAGGUUCUCCCGCAAAGUGUUUGUGGGUGGACUGCCACCUGAUAUCGAUGAAGAUGAAAUCACAAGCAGUUUUCGGCGCUUUGGUCAUCUGGUUGUUGACUGGCCACACAAAGCAGAGAGCAAGUCUUACUUCCCCCCUAAAGGUUAUGCCUUCCUCCUGUUCCAAGAGGAGAGCUCAGUUCAGGCGCUGAUCGAAGCCUGUCUGGAGGAGGACGGGAAACUCUACCUGUGUGUGUCCAGCCCCACCAUCAAAGACAAGCCCGUCCAGAUUCGUCCAUGGAAUCUGAGUGACAGUGAUUUUGUGAUGGACGGUUCUCAACCUCUGGACCCCCGCAAAACCAUCUUUGUAGGAGGAGUGCCACGUCCACUCAGAGCUGUGGAGCUGGCGAUGAUCAUGGACCGCUUGUAUGGUGGAGUGUGUUAUGCAGGUAUUGACACUGAUCCAGAGCUGAAGUACCCAAAGGGGGCGGGGCGUGUGGCCUUCUCCAAUCAGCAGAGCUACAUUGCUGCAAUCAGUGCCCGAUUCGUCCAGCUGCAGCAUGGCGACAUCGACAAACGGGUGGAGGUGAAGCCGUAUGUGUUAGAUGACCAGCUGUGCGACGAAUGCCAGGGGGCACGUUGUGGUGGAAAGUUCGCCCCGUUCUUUUGCGCCAACGUCACCUGCCUGCAGUAUUACUGCGAGUUCUGCUGGGCAAACAUCCACUCCCGCGCCGGCCGUGAGUUCCACAAGCCGCUGGUCAAAGAGGGAGCCGACCGUCCCCGCCAGAUCCACUUCCGCUGGAACUGAGGACUCCAGGAGUGCCGGGAGCGACACCAUGCAAGACGACGCAGAAACAACACAUCUGCUGCGGGAAGAAAAAGAUGCUUAGUUUGGCCCCUGAACCCAAGCUGUCAGUAUAUAGUACAUAACCGUAUACAGUAUAUAGAGAAUAUAUAUGACUAUAAAUAUAUAAAUAUAUCUUUAUCUUUUGUAGCAGCCAGAAACACUACAAGCCUCAGUUUAAACUCACUACAAGUUUAUUUCACCAAACCACUUCUUUCUCCUCCCUCCCUGUACAUCUCAGGCUCGGAACAGAGUUUUUGUGGUACGUUCGUGUUUUUUAAAAAGGAGAUUAAGAAAACAAAAGAGAUUGAUUUUUUUGUAGUUUUUUCAAAUUAUUUUUAUAUGUGAGAUUUAAAAAAGUAGAAACGAGAAUGUUUUCGCUUGGGGGGGCAGCCUGUCCGUACUGUUCAUUCGUUCUGUCCGUCGUGUGUCCGUCUGCUGCUAAAUCCCCCCCAAGUGGGCAAAGUGCGCAAUUGUCUCUGGAAAACCCUUGAUGACGUAAUCUCUGAGGCCUGCCCUGGAUCUCGAACCAAAGGUAGCAAAAUGAGCGUCCUAAAAACGAGACGUUUGCCGCGGAAUAUACAAAAAAAAAAUAGUAAGCUUAAACCCCCCCCCCAUCCCCCUUUGAUGUUUCGCUCCAAUGUGCUCUUAACAGGAAUAGGAAUGAUUCAAUAACGAAUUACUGAGACUUUCCAUUUUCCACUGGCAAAAAAAAAGACAAUACCUCAGAAUAUUAAUCUGGCUUGUUAUUGCUCUAUUCUUGCAAUUUAAUCACAAGCUAUAGAAGAAGCUUUGCUGCUAUAUAGGAUAUAACGAAUAGAUAGUGUCUGUGUUCUAUGUAAUGCCAUUGUGACGUCACUGGCGAUACACAGAAAUGCAGUCCGUUCCCUCUCGCACGGCAUUGCCGACCGUCGCCAUGGAAACACAGAAUGUGAAAACUUGCGUGCAUGUUUGUGGCUGUACAUCAUUUGCAUGCAGUGUAAAGGUUACCAGCACAUAUAAGACAGAAAAAAAACACAAACAAAACAUGAUGCAUAUUAAUGAUAAACAGAGGAAUUUAUGUAGCAUGAGGCGUAAAAAGGUCAGACACUUAGAUAUAUAAGAUAAUCAAUACUAAUAACGAAAGGAAAAAAAAAACUGUGUAAAAUUCUUCGUAAAACCUUUGCAUGCGUUGUUGUGAUGAUUCCUUUACGAACUUAUUACGAGAGAAGUGAUGUUAGUUUAGAGUAGUGAGUUCUGCCAUUUUGUAACUCGAUAAUUAGUCAAGAGACUGUGUGCUGUCCUGUGGUUUUCGUGUCUUGUCUUCGUGCCGUGUGAGUCUAGUUAUGAAUUGAGGUUUCAGUUCUACGAAAACUAGAUCUUCUACUAGAGGAUCGUCUCUCGACAUUUAACCUUUGCCCUUCCUGAACACCCCUGAAUGCCACCCCUCGUAUUGCGAUAGAGCGCAGGACUUUGAUAUGUGUAGUUCGUAGGAAUUCGCCGAAGGAAUCGUACCCGUGGUCGUUUUGUCUGUGCAUGGUGGGUACGUGUGGUUCGUAGUAUAAUUUCCAAAUGAAAUCUAUUGGUAAGAACAGACCUAGAGAAAAGAGAGGAGAGAGAACCCUGUCGCAAAUAUUUUUGUAAAGUUUGCGUUUUCGCUCGGAUCAGUCUUAUGGACAAUCUCAACAGAAGCAAUGGCCACUGGUGCCGUGACCAGUCGUUCAGUACUGUAUCGCUCUUUCUGUCUGUCUGUCGUUCUUUUUGCACUCUAUAUAUUCUUGAGUUCUUGGGUUGGUACCCUUGUAGUACUGUUGAGAUUGUGUAUGUGAUUUAACCUUUAAGUGUCAACAGUGAGCUGAGAUUGUGUGUUUAUUUAUUGCAUAUAUGUGUGUAUUUAUUUGUCGAUGUGUCGCCUGUUUCCAGACUCUCGAGGACACGUAAUGCACUACCUUUUAUCGAUUUCUCUCCUCUCUUUUCUCCUCUUAGAGAACCAGUCCCUUUUUCCCUGACAUUUGGAGUCAAACGCAAAACAGUCUCUUUAAUUUUGUAUCACAUCACCUUUUAUUGUAUACUAUUUGGAAGAAUUGCGACCUAUUUUAAGUCUAUUGGAUAAUUUAAAUAUCUUUAUUUUUUGCAUAGUAAUUUAUUUGAUUGUGUAAGAUGCUGGACCCAGAUUCUAUUUAAGCGAUGACGGCAGUCUGCCGUGUACUCGGAGUACGUAGCGAAAGUGUUUCUGGGAGCUAAACAAGAUGGCCGCUUCAUCGUCAUCGGUGUCUUUCGCUCUGUCGGUGACAAGUAGCACGCUCCAUUUUCCGUGUUCAACACUGUUGCUUCGUACAUGUAUGUGUGGGUUUUUGGUUGUCGUCGUCAUUUUGAAAAAUCAUUAUUUAUUUGACUAUUUUUGUAGACAGAUAACUAUUUGAUUUAAAUUGUAUUUUUCUAUUUCCUCUCUCACUUGAUUUGCCCACGUAUUUAUGGUUACGUUCACACGCAGCGUCACGCUGGAAGACGCAAAAGGCCGUUUCUUGAAUCGUCCAUGCAGUUGUGUGUGUGAUUGAGUGAAUCUAUUUAUGUAUUAUUGCUUAGCACACAUCGAUUUGAUUACUAUUUAAGUUGGUCGUGUAUUUAAUUUGAAGGAAGGAAGCAUUGAGGGUUCUACUAUGUUCAUGGAAAACACUUGAGACUCUCCCUGGUUAGAUGGAGGGGUAUCAGCCCUCCCCUCACUGAUACUCAGAAACUUGAAUAUAACACAUUUUGAAAGGCUUACUAACCUCGAAUCUGUGUUGUGACGUGCAAUACUGUUUCUAAUGUUUGUAUAAAAAAGUGAGAAUUGCAGUGUAUACCUUUUUAAUGCAGAUUUAUUUUUUUCAUUGCAUAUUUUGCAAAUUUCUGAUUCACAGUGUCAUUUUUUACUGUCAGAAAAGAUGAAACCCCUUUUUUUCAUUGCAACUAUUUUUAAAUCCAGAUAUCUUUGUACUGAUGUAAAUGAUUGUAGUUAUUUUGGAUAGUGUUUUGCUAACAAAAGGAGAAACUUUUUCAUGCAUAUUUUUGUUCGUUGGUUUGGUUUUUGUUUCUUGUUUUGUUUUUUAUUUUACUCUAAUAGUAGCAAAAUAUUUGGGAUAAUUUUUCAUAUUAUAUGUCAUUAAUAUUAUUUUGUAUUUUUACGUGGAAAGAUAUGAAUAUAUAAUUUUAUGAUGCUAACUGCUAAAAUAUUAUUUCAAUUUGAAUUAUUUUUAAAGCUAAAAUCUUUGUAAUAUUGUUCUAAUGUUCUAGUUUCUAAAUCAAGUUUGUGUAUAGAUUCACGCAAGUGGUUUAUGAAGUGUUCAGACUGUAAUUAUUACUGAGUGGCUCUUUGAUAUGCAAACUGAAUAUCAUGUUGUUCCUUAUUUUGAUUUGUUUUGUAUUUAAAUGGGGUGUUGAUUACAAUCUUUUCUUUCAUUUCCUGAAUAAAGACCCAUUCUGUUCAGACACAA